UGUCUUGUAAUGUGUUGGUUGUUUGGGUCAUUAGUUGCGGUCGAUGGAUAAUGCAUUCUGUGAAUCAGUGAAGAGUGUACACACAAGUGAUUGGGCUUUCGCCGACUUUGAUGUAGCAGAACCUUUGUCCCAUCGUAAGAAGUGCAUAGAUUAUGACUGCGGUGUGUACGUAAUGAAGAUGCUACUGCAAGAGUAUGUGGAUGGAAUUUUAGGUGGAAGAGGAGACGAUGUCGUUGCCGACUUGGACUGGAGAUGUACUUGGGCAGGACCAACCAAUGUACCUAGGGAGAUUGAUAGGCUACUUAUUGGUGCAAGAAUCCUCACAUCUGGGGUGAACAAAGUAAGAGAUAAUAUGUUUCAGAAAGCUGUUAAGAUGCAGGAUAGAAAGGAAGGUUGAGUAGAUGGAACCUAUGUGGGUGGAGG